AUGUCUAUUGUCCUUAUUAUAGCCUCUGGAGGAAUAGACCCCAAGUCUAUCCUCUCCUGUUUUGAAUCAGAUUUGUCCUCAGAAUUCAUAGCUUCCUUUGAAUUAGUUCCAUUUUCAUUUGUACUUUUUGAGUUCUUUUCACUAGUCACGUCCUGUUUGUUGACUGUGAACUCAUUUUUUAGAUUUUUGAAAACAUUUACAAACGAAUCUAGUCCAUUUUUAACAAACUUUGGAACCUCAGUUCUGGCCAACUUCAUCCUCGAGUUUAUUUCUGAAAUGUCAGUCCCCGACCCGCCAAGUGACUCUGAAAGCUCUGAAAAAUAUUUAUUUAAUAAAAUUAACCCUUGUAUUUCUCAUCUACAAGAAAAUUGUUAUCACGAGUUAACUGUUGACUUACUUGUUAGUAUAACUCUGGUCAAUUCCCUCAACAAUUGCAGAGAAAUGAACCUUAAGCUGAUUUUCAAAGUGUGUAAUAUGAAAGUUUACAAGGUCCUUGGCAUCUUGAAUUUCGAGUUUUAA